GUGCAUGCGCUUCUGGCUCGCAUGGAGCAGGAAGGCCUUCUCCUGCGAGUCUACACCCAGAAUAUAGACGGGCUGGAGCAUGCAGCUGGAGUGUCAGCGGGCCGGGUAAUCGAGUGCCACGGUACCACUACACGCGUCGUCUGCGCCACAAAUCCGCAGCAUGCCGUGCAGGGCUUGACUGCAACAGCCGUGGCUAAUCAAGUGCUUCAGGGACAGGCAGCUCCUCGUUGUCCCUGCGGUUCGCUGAUAAGACCGGACAUUGUCUUCUUUGGAGAGCCGCUGCCGGCAGAGUUCCACCGCCACUCUGGCGAGGACCUAGCAUCCUGCGAUCUUCUGCUGGUUAUUGGCACUGCGUUGAGCGUCUACCCGGUCGCAGGGCUGGUGGCAAGGGUGCCGGCUCUGACACCAAGACUGUUGAUAAAUCGCGAAGCUGUGGGCCCAUGGAGGGGAGCAAAGGGGAACCCUGAAAACUACCGCGACGUGCACUUCGACGGCGACUGCGAUGCUGGUGCAGAGCAGCUGGCCAAUGAGCUGUCCUGGCCCUUACGCAUUUCUUGA